AUGGAGGAGGCUGAUGAGGCAGGUAUGGAUGGUGGUCGAGGACGAGGGCAUGGAGGCAGACGGAGGGCGCCUGUUGCGGGGCACGGCGAUGGUGAUCUUGGUGACGUGGCCGGUGGGGGAGGGGCUGCAGUCGGGGUUGUUAGUUCCCAUCAUGGCGGGCAUGGUGGAGAGGGGUACGCUAUCGGAGAUCCCUCUGCCCAUGGUGAGGCUGGACUUGAGGAGGGGCCGCUCCGAGAUUACUUCAUUGGUGUUCUCGGUGACGACCAGACACUUCAGGAAAGUACACCAUGGGUGAGUCCGAGCAGCACAUUUUCAGACUUCCUUGCCGGUGUUGGUCUUGAUGCGGAUUUUGGUGGAUCACACUUCCUCGAUGAGAUCAGUGCCAUCAUGCAGGAGGAUGAGGCUGCCCGUGGGCAGGGUCAGAUGACGGGGACACAGGCACCGUUAGAUGUCGAUCUGAAUGAGACUCCCUCCGUGCCUCCUCCUGACUAUUUCGCUUUGGGUGGUACCCCAGCUUCGACAUAUACUGCUGGGUCACAUUUAGUUUCCGGGCCGUCUUCAUCCCGACCAUUACAUGUCCAGCCUAGGAUACCUGCACAGCCAGCCCCGUAA